AUGCUUCGUAGAGUACUCAUUCAGCAUGGUCAUCAUUUGCAAAUAAAACGGUCUUUUAUACAUACAAUUAAUCAUCCACAGCAAUCACCCAGCUACAUCAAGCCGUUGCUGUUUGGCGCAGUCUCUUGCACCACUAUCUUCUUCACAGCUGCUUGCAUACAUGAAAAGGAAAAGGAAACCAUAUGGCAAAAGCUGAGGAAACAAGCUGGCAACACAUUACGCGACAUCAUUACAGACGACAAUUUGGUUUGGUCAGAUGUAUACAAGGAGAAGAAAAAGUUGAUACGAGAAUAUCAAAAUCAAGUUUUACAAGAUUUGCAGCAAAGAUUAGAGCAAUACAAUGCGCUCCCUGUGCAACUUAAACGGCCAUUGUUAUCAACAGCUGAAACUGCUUUCUACAUGCCCGAAUCUGAAAAAACAAUCGCUGCACUCAUAUCCAUCAACAUUGCUGUAUUCGCUUGCUGGAAAGUCCCUGCCCUACAGAAAUACAUGACUCGCUACUUUUGUCAUAAUCCUGCCAGCAAUCGGCAAUGGACUUUAUUCACCAGCUGCUUUUCACACCGUAAUGCGGUCCAUCUGACAGUCAACAUGGUUGGCUUAUGGUCUCUUGGUCCUGUCUUGCAUGAUCUGCUAGGAAGAGAGCAAUUCGUGGCGCUGUAUCUGUCAUUAGGCAUCGGUGCUAACGUCAUUUCUCAUCAAUUACAAUUGAUGGCGAGACAUAUAGCAGCAAGACCCAUCCUACCUAGUAUGGGCGCAAGUGGCGCUUUGUAUGGCCUGCUGACAGGCACAGCGUAUUUGUACCCUGAUGCAGUUGCAUUUGUUGCAUUAUUACCUUGGAUACCAUUCAAAAUCACGUAUGCAGUGCCAGCUUUCUUGACACUGGAUGCAGCGGGAAUUUUAAUGCGCUGGCGCAUGUUUGAUCAUUUUGCUCAUCUCGGAGGUGCGUCUCUAGGCAUCGCUUAUAUGCAAUUUGGUCCUAAUCAUAUGUGGCCUUACAUGACCAACACCAUCCGUGAGUUAAAGAAAUCCGUAGGUAAUGGUAAAGGGGGUAAUAAUAACGGAGGAGGCGACAAAACAUCUGGCGCAUUAAUGGAAAUGCCUGAAAGAAUUCGUGCGAAAUUACUGGGCAAAAAGACGGUUGCUGUUCCUGACAAGCAUUAG